UCGUGACUUCCAUCUUGAGCUCAAAAUAGUCUGCUAGUCUGCUGUCGUCAUCUGCUGCUAAGUCUGACAGACCGUCUGCUGCAUCUCAGACGAUGCAGGCGAGUAAAGGGAAGUAGUAGGCACUUAGCAACUUGAGGAAACAGCAUCUUCAUCAGCCAUUGACAGCAGUCCACAGUUGUUCUGACCCGCCAAAUGUGAAUCGUCCUGAAUGAUCUUUCCCAUGCGGUGUAAUCGCCGUGAUAUUCGUGGCAGCUUCUGUUGCUGAUCGCUUCCGCUGACGACGGAAUGUACAUUGCUUGCAAUUACGCAUACGCGCGCGUCGAUAUGAAUAUCCCCAAACUGCUUCGUAUACUGGCUUAUGCAGCCGUCGCUCACGCAGUGCUGAUCGAGAUACCUAACAAACCGGUCGCGACCCCUACCGACGCAAAGAGAGGCUCGUUUCCACUCCCGGAAGUGGCCCAAAAUCCGCAGUCUAAGUCGCCGGAUCUGGUGAUCACAGUUGUUACAAUGUCCGAGCAGCAACCAUCGCCGACAGUUUUGGUGGAUGAACACAGCUUGGGAUCGUCGUAUCGAACAGGAAUCCAUCUUGAGCUCACUGCCACCACAUUCGAUGUUCAAACGAAGACCUGUCGCAUCGUCGAUAAAGCGACCUAUCCGGGGCUUCCUGCAUAUCCAACACGGAAUGUUCGGCAAGCCGACGCUCCAAAUGGCGGAUACAUUGUCUGUCCAACCACGACUGAGGCAGUGGUGGGAGAAUUGGAUGCGAGACCUAUAGCGACACUUUAUACAACGGUGAUCCGACUGAGUCGAUAAUGCGAAGGGUUGUUGCACAAGGCUCGGGGAGUGGACUGGCGGCAUAAUCCUUCUUUGCUUAUUUUAUUGUUGGACC